GCAGGAACUACUAAUGGAAAAUGAGCUUCUGGGCUCGCCUACUUCUCUGCAAAAAAUAUACUUUGAUUGCAAUGGAAAAUUUCCUGCCUGCCUGCUCUCCUUGUACUCGCAGAUGGCAUCACCUGCAUUUUCUUCACUUGAUCAUCUGUCUCACUCACCUCUCUGCAUGGUGGGGAUUCAUUCAAAUUUUCAUGUCAUGCCUACCACUACAUGAUUCUAGAGGAAUUACUGUAUUCUGUUUUGCCAUGCCUACCACCACAUGAUUCUAGAGGAAUUACUGAAACUCUGUCAUGCCAUGCCUACAACCACAUGUUCUAGAGGAAUUACUGAAUUCUGUCAUGCCAUGCCUUCCAUUAAUGAAUUGCUGUCUGACUGGUGAAGCAUACUUUGCAAUGACGUCUCAGACCUCAAACCUUGGAUUUUAAACUUUUACAUCCUACCUUCAUGAUUUAGUUCAUCAUGCAACGCUUCUACGUAUAUGCAGGUUUUGCUUUUGUCUAUUUUGAGGAUGAUCGUGAUGCUGAAGAUGCCAUUCGUGGACUUGAUAAUGUUGCAUUCGGUAGAGAUCGCCGUCGACUGUCUGUGGAGUGGGCCAAGGGUGAACGUGGUCAUCAUCGUGAUGGAUCUAGGUUAUCGACUAAUCAGAGACCUACCAAAACGUUGUUUGUGAUCAACUUUGAUCCAAUUCGCACCAGAGAUCGUGAUAUACUCAGGCACUUUGAGCCACAUGGAAAGGUUCUUCAUGUUCGAGUUAGGCGGAACUUUGCAUUUGUGCAGUUUGCAACACAAGAGGAUGCCACUAAAGCUCUGGAGGCCACACAGAGGAGCAAGUUAUUGGACAGGGUGGUAUCAGUUGAGUAUGCUCUACGGGAUGAUGAUGAGAGGGAUGAGAAAUAUGGUAGCCCCAGAAGAGGAAAUUAUGGUAGACGUGGAGAUAGUCCAUAUGGAAGGUCACCAAGUCCUGCACAUCAUAGGCGUCCGAGUCCUGAUUAUGGUCGUGCUCGAAGUCCUGCUUAUGAUCGGUAUAAUGGCGCUGCACCUGCAUAUGAGAGGCGCCGUAGUCCUGACUAUGGGAGGCAAAGGAGUCCUGAGUAUGGUGGUAGAUUCCGCAGCCGAUCACCGGUUCGAAGGUCAGGAACAUGAAUGAUUAUCAGACUUUUUGGGGAUAUGCUCUCAGCUCAUGGACUUCUUGUGGGUCUUUGCAUAUUGUAUCCAUCUUUAGAAAAUCCCAAAUUUUCUUCUUUUUAGGAUUACUUUAAACUUGGGAUUCCUCAUACAAAGUGAUGGUUAAUACUGCUGCCUAUAACUGUUGUUGGGAUUUACAGAUACUACUUUGUAUGGUGUAGGGAGCCUUUAAUUUGUGUUAAAAUGCAGUCGAUGUUUUUGUUCAUUGCCUUUUUAUUUCUACC